AUUUUGACAGUUGUUCAAAGGAUAUAUAAAAAACAUCAACACUCAACAGAAUAACACAAAACUCUAAAACGUUCACAGUUUGCCCAAAUCCAACUAAUUGGAAAAAAUAAAAACAAGUUGUAGUAAACAAGGAUGCAUCCAAUAAGCAAGUGAUUUUUAUCAAAUUUAAAUAAGUUCAACGUUAUGAACCCAUACUGGUGAUAAAGGAUGUACAAUCUUUCCGCUUUUCCAUCUGUAUGCCGUAUUUGUAUCAAACCUACAAAAGACUGCAGUAUUCAGAACUCUGUUUCCGAUAACGCGCGGAUUACCUAUGAGACUGUGCUUAACGAGAUAACUUUUGUUCCGCAGCAGGAGUUUUCGAAUGAAAUUCCAUCAUUCCUAUGCGAUGAGUGCGCCGGUCGCCUUGACGAAUUCGUCCAAUUCAAACAGCAAAGUACGUUGGUUCUACAUUUCUGCAUCGCCCUGGUGGACGGCAAGAGGUGCAAAGACUUUAGUUCCAUGCAGGAACUAUUCAAACAAGGGGCACAGUUUUUGAAGCAGCGUUUAUGUGCAUUGAAUAACGUUGUUGAGAGCGACUUUUGUCUGCAGCAAUUGUUUGAGGAUAUCUUGUGCAAGUCAGAACCACCGGACGAAACGAUUAAAACCGAUCCAGUAGUAGGUCUAAAGAUAGAGGAGAUUAAAGUUGAAGAGCUUGAGACAGAAAGUGUUCCGUCACCUGCUAUUGUGAAUGACAGCUUUAAUGAAAGCAGCGAACCCGAAACGGACACGGAUUCUGAUGAGCUGGUUUCGUCUAAAAGAAAACGAAAACGAAAAAUUCAUGAACCAAAAACAGCUGGGAAGAUAAUACAUCGUGAUGGAGCUCGAUUUAAGCUAUGUGGGUUAGCUGGUUGUAAUGAAGAAUAUGAACUGGGCAAUCGCGGGCUUUAUUUGGCACAUGAGAGGAAAUUCCACCGAUGGGCCUGUGACCUAUGUGGACGAGUUUUGGCGUCAAGGACCUCCUUUCGCAACCACGUUUUGUUGCACGACGGCGAAAAAGCAAAAUGCGAAUUUUGCGAUCGUACCUUCACUACUAAGGGUAGCAUGAUGACACAUGUGCGUGAAAUUCACAACACUUCAGGGGUAAAUUUCACAUGCUUUUACUGUGGAGAAGGAUUCAUGGAGCAAAAGGAUCAUUUCGCUCAUAUGGCUGAACAUCGCCAGUGCAAACACUGCGAUAAGAGGUUCGCAGACACUGCCACCUGGAUUGCACAUACGCGACGGAAGCAUCCAGAUAUGUUAUUUUCUUGCGACCAAUGUGAUCGUACUUCAUUGAGCCAAACGUUUUUGGAUCGGCACAAACGCAUGAAGCAUUCAACGGACAGUAGCAAAGAACCACAACCUAAACGGUUUACUGUUAUUGCCAUCAAUGGUGCAAUGUUCCACCACUGCCCACAGUGCAAUGCUCAGUUCACUACAGAACCAUUUCUGCUACAGCACAAUAAAGAUGCUCACAACCGACAGGAGAGCGAAGGACAAAAACAGGAGCAAAUCAUCAAACGAAGAUCACGCGAAGAGCGCGAGAAAUUUGGUUAUCGUUAUAGCUGUGACACAUGCGGCAAGUGGUACCGUUUUAAAAACUCCUUAUGGUCCCACAAAAACAAAGAACAUCGCUCGGUUGAGAAAAAAGCUAUUUGCGACAUUUGUGGUAAUCAUUUUAAACACCAAUCCUACCUAACUGCCCAUAUUGCCAAAAUGCAUGCAACUGAGCUACCCUUCAAAUGUGAGCUGUGUCCGAAAGCGUACUCCCACGCGCCAUAUCUCAAAGAGCACAUGAAGUCGCAUGAUCCAGACAAAAGCUUCAACUGUCCCCACUGCGAUUAUCUCGCUAAACAGGCGCACGUUUUAGAGACGCACAUCAUUCGAAAGCAUACGACCGAGCGGCCAAUCCGAUGUCCAGAGUGUGAUAAAGGUUUCAUACGCAGUGCCGAUUUGCGGCGACAUAUGAGUGUGCACAGUGUCGAGACACCUUUUCGUUGUGGUGAGUGUGGAGAGGCUUUUCGACGCAAAUGUGACCUCGGCUGGCAUCGAUCUAAGGUGCAUUUGGGAUUGGGCACCAAGCAGCGUAAAUCGGCGACAAGUCAAAGUGCAGAGCGACUCGAAAGUUUGCCGGUUGAGGGUGAGCCCAACUUGUUGCAGUUGGCACUUUUGGAGCGCAAAGCUUAGUACGAUCAGCUACAAAAUUCAACGUCGUUGAGUAGUUUUUGCGUUUGUGGAAAACAUAAUUAAUUUAUUGAAACUUGUAUCUUGAAGUUGUUUUCUAGGGAUUCUUUUUGCCAAUUUUACUUCGAAACAAUUAUUAAUUUAAGCUUUAUUGUAAUUAUGUUACGCUUCCGGUAUGGUACCUUCUUUAAAUGCUGAAUUAUUUUGACUACAACAAUAUUUUUACACUGGUGGUAAUUGUGGACACCACAAUAUUAAUAUGGUUUUUGUUAUACUAGUUGGUUUUUGUAAUACUAGUUGGUUUUUGUUAUACUAGUUUUACUUUUCUAUAUUACUUCAGUAUUGCUUGGGUUCCUUGCGUAUCAAAUUUUAAUAGAUUUAUUUUUAGGCAAAUAUUUUAUAACAAAUUUAUUGUUAAAAGUACAUUGAGUUUUUUGUCUACUGACUCGACAGAGGCAAUCGUUUCAUUCCAGUUACAUCGUACAAUACUCUCUCUAAAGCGAUUCAAAGAAUUAACUGAAUCGUGUUCAACUCCGUUUGAGCAAUGUUUAAUUGAACGUAAAUAAACGAUUAUGUAUAUGUAUACUUCAACAAAAGAUUCUUAUUGAGAAAAGGGUAUUUAUACAUGCAAUAUUAAUUUGAUUUUAUUCUUCCCCUUUUGUAUUGUUAGGAGAGACUAAUUCUAGUUUAUGAGUAACUAGGGGCCCACGACGUUUCGUGAGCACCAAACUACUCGGCAAUUUGAAUAGAUCUUCUUUCUCAACUGCUCGAAAAAUACAUAAUUUUGUCUUCAAAAUUAAUGAAAUACAAUUUUUAUGAUUCAGUCUCAUAAAAAUUAUAGCAUAAAUAAAUUGAAACAGAUAUGUAAUGCGUUGACCUACACAAAAAAAUGAGCCAAUAAACUGAGUUCAUAAAACUAUACACAUGCAAUAAGAA